GGAUUACCACAUAUUGCUCCGGUGCACCUUGCCCGGAAGUGGAAACGUGAAAAAGUGCGAAUUACCCCCACACAGCUCCUCUGACAUAUCUUAAGUACAUCAAAAUGUACAAAACAGUUAGAAAGGGAGACGCGAGUCUGCAAUACACGAUACUUCCUCAAACGGAUCAAUUUACUUCGAGUGGACUUCCAUUACAAACGGCUCGAAAAAGCCGAUUGAAGCUCAUGAAGUACUCAAUGGGUACUUUGUUGAUCCUUCUGAUUCUUUCCUGCAUUGUCACACCCUUUCUGGUAAAUCAGACUGAACGAGACAUUUUCAUAAACAGCAUGUUAGCUGUCGGAAGGACCCAACAUGAGACUCGGAUUAGGAAUUCGACCAACAUCCUGACACCUGAGGAAGCGAAUGAAAAUAGAGAAAUGAGUUUAAUCGUCUCGAAAAUUAUUUCCAAGCUGGAUGCUUCCAGGGAAAGGAAUUACAUAGAGGUAGAGACUUCCACGCAAUCUGUAACGUCCAAAAACAACGAGCAGCAAGAUUCCGAUUUCACGAUAUCUGAUAUGAAUCCAGUUACAGAUCGACCUCAAAUUUUGUCAACGUUCAAAACAAAUUUCCGAAAAAGUUUAUAUUCCACAUUGCCAUUGACGUCGGCACCAAUAUUAUCAUCAUCAAUUUCUUCUUCGUCAUCAACACCAAUUGCAAUGACCUUAAGUUCAUCGACAUUUGCAACCUCUUCUUUGGAAUUAAAAUCCAUGGUUACGAAUGGUCCCCAAAAACUAAAAAUGCCAAGAGUGACUUUGAAAUUAAGAGAAAAUGAGACAAUUCCUCAAAUGUACAUGAAGGCUGGAAUAGCUUCUUAUAAAAAGGGAAACAUAACUACGAGCGUUUUAGCCCGUGGUUUGAGUUUAGAGGGAUUGAUUUUUAAAACUCCGGAAGGGACGAUUAAACCCUGGCCUCAGAAAUGGCCUUUUGACUGGAUGCCUUCUGAUCCGCGGUGGCAGGGUACAGGAUUCACCCUCCCAAUGUUGAACACAAUUUUCAGCAUUCUGGGAGCUCUAGUUGGAUUAUUAUGUUUAUCAUCCCUCGUCCUGCUAUUUUUGUUACGAUUAUCACGAAGGAAGCGAAUCAACGUCGAGGAACCGGAAGUCGAGGCUCAUGAGGAUAAAUCAACACUUUUAGGAAUGGAAAAUCAUGAGGCAGAAGAAAAAGAGUGAUCGAGAGUAAGCACCAAAAAUCGCACAAAAUGUGAUUUUGUUUAAUCAGGAAUUCCAUUAUUUUUACAAAAAAGGAACUCAAAUUUAAUGUGGACAUUCUUUUUUCAAAAUAUAAUUUAAUUUACAAUUAAUCAAGAAUCAAAAAAUCUCGUUUUUAAACAUAAAUCAAUGUCCUUAAAAAAAGAUCUGAAUGUUACAUGUUUUGACCCGCCAACGCAAAGUGCAAUGCCCUCAAGAAUCCUUUUCUGAUUACAAAUCGGAAGAUAAUAGGAUCGUAUUGGAAAAAGGCGUUUCGCAGCAAUUUUAUUUCUGAUAUAUUUCCUCGAUGAUGCGGGUUACGUGCUUGGAAUUUAAUUAUUUUAAAUAGAGACCUGAAUUUGAAUGUAAAACUCCUGUUUCUCCAAUAAAAGGAAUUUUCUAUCAAAGUCAGAUGUUUAGGAAAAGUAAUGAUAGGCUAAGGUCAGCUAAGCUAUCUAUAAAAUUAUAAUUUAGUGCUCGACAAUUAUUUAUCUAAAAUUUUACCAUCAUAUGCUCCUCAAACUAUCACAUUUUUGUAGAAUCUUUUCUACUUUAAGACAAUUUUUUAUUUAAAGACUCUUCGCGAUUCUCCACUUUUCUAUUUUGCGAGAUAGAAACAUACAUCACUCAUUCAUGAAAAUUAAAAAGUUGACCCACAUGACAAUACAAAAUAUCAAAUUUUUAAUUAGAAGUGUCAUUUUUUGGGUCACUUUAAACUUAUAGUUUAACAAAAAAAUUUCCUGGCCAUCCGGAGGUGGUUUAUCAAGAAAGAAUGCUGGAAUUGAAACUGAAUCGUAGUGGGAAAACAUAUUUUUUUAACCUUCGGAUAGUCGUAGAAAAAUCAUAGUAGGUCAAAAUAUUCUCUGCUGCGAGUGAUUCUAAACUUUAUAUUACAAUAAAUUUCAUAUUAUCAUAUUACCUUGAUAAUUUUGAACUGAAAGCAUUUAAAAUUUUUAAAAAUCUAUGAAAUGAUUUUGAAUUGAGAAAGUUCUAAUUCAAAAUAUUUGAGAUA